GUGGAAGAGCAAAGAUGCCAACCCCGAACAUCUCCACCUCUGCAGCCAAAGGCUUCCGCAGGGCGGUGUCGGAGCUGGACUCCAAGCAAGCUGAGGCCAUCAUGUCUCCACGGUUCAUUGGUAGACGGCAAAGCCUCAUUGAAGAUGCCAGGAAGGAAAGAGAAGCUGCAGCUGCAGCCACUGAUGCUGCAGAGUCUACAGAGACCAUCGUCUUCGAGGAGAAGGAUGGGAGAGCCAUGCUGAACCUCUUCUUCAUGCUUAAGGGAGCCAAGACUUCGCCUCUGUCCCGUGCACUUAAGGUAUUUGAGACAUUUGAAGCUAAAAUUCACCACCUGGAGACCAGACUGAGCCGAAAGCCUCGUGAAGGGACUGCUGAACUGGAAUACUUUGUGCGCUGUGAAGUCCACAGCUCUGACCUCAAUACUUUCAUGAGCUCCAUCAAGAGGGUGGCAGAAGACGUGAGGACCACUAAGGAAGACAAAUUUCACUGGUUUCCCAGGAAAAUCUGUGAGUUGGACAAGUGCCAUCAUUUGGUCACCAAGUUUGACCCUGACUUGGACCUGGAUCACCCGGGCUACUCUGACCCAGUAUAUCGCCAGAGAAGGAAAUCGAUAGCAGAAAUUGCUUUUCACUAUAAGCACGGGGACCCGAUCCCUUGUGUGGAGUACACGGCGGAGGAGAUUGCUACCUGGAAGGAGGUGUACAGCACCCUGAAGAGCCUGUACCCCACCCACGCCUGCAAGGAGUAUCUUGAAGCUUUCAAUCUACUGGAGAAAUUCUGUGGCUACAAUGAGAACAACAUCCCUCAGCUGGAGGAGGUCUCCCGCUUCUUGAAAGAGAGGACCGGCUUCCAGCUCCGGCCGGUGGCUGGCUUGCUGUCGGCGCGGGACUUCCUCGCCAGCCUGGCCUUCCGCGUCUUCCAGUGCACGCAGUACAUCCGCCACGCGUCCUCGCCCAUGCACUCCCCCGAGCCGGAUUGCUGUCACGAGCUGCUGGGGCAUGUCCCGAUGCUGGCCGAUAAGACCUUUGCCCAGUUCUCCCAGGAUAUCGGGCUGGCGUCUCUGGGAGCAACUGAUGAAGAAAUUGAGAAACUCGCAACGCUUUACUGGUUUACGGUGGAGUUUGGGCUCUGCAGACAGAAUGGGAUAGUCAAAGCCUAUGGAGCUGGCCUCCUGUCUUCUUACGGGGAGCUUAUACACUCCUUGUCAGAUGAACCAGAGGUGCGAGACUUUGACCCCGAUGCUGCUGCUGUUCAGCCCUACCAGGACCAGAACUACCAGCCCGUAUAUUUUGUGUCUGAGAGCUUCAGCGAUGCCAAAAGUAAACUGAGGAGCUAUGCGGCACACAUCAAGCGGCCCUUCUCGGUGAAAUACGAGCCCUACACCCACAGCAUCGAGCUCCUGGACAGCCCUCAGACGAUCUGUCACUCCCUGGAGAGCGUAAGGGAUGAGCUUCACUCGCUGAUUAACGCCCUCAAUGUUAUCAGUUAAUACAAGAACUGGGCUCUUUCCUCCCCCUCUUCCCUCGCAGCCCCAAAACCGCCCGCUCUGCCCUCGCCUAGUUCCCAGCUGAUAACUCCUACCUGUCUUCUCCAAACAUUUGCACCGCUGCCUGUCACCACGCGACCCCAACAGCUUUCCACUUUUGUAUGUAGGGCCAGCUCGGAGGAGGGCAGAGGGACGGACCCAAGGCCUCCUGGCUUUUCGGGUAGCUUUUCUAGUGACUGCUGGAAGAGGCUUAGCACAGACCAAAACCAUGGCCAAGCUACAGAGUUGAAGUCAAGAGCUGUGUGCUAGGCUCCUGGGUGCAAGGAAGAGAAAAGCUUCUUUAUUUAAAAAAAAAAAAAAAAAAAAAAAAAAAAAAAAAAAAAAAAGAGAGAGAGAGAAAAUAUCUAUUUUUUUGCAGUUUGAGAGAAUAAAUUAAUCUGCCUUUUUCGCCCCAGAGCAACUCCUGUAGCAACUUCAUGAGGGACCCUCAGUCCCCACCAUCUCCUGCCUCUUACAGCCUCAUACAUUUGGAAAAUGCAGAGCUGCUUUCGAAGCUUUUCUGCCUGAACCAACCCCAUGAGGUUUGAAAUUUCAGCUCCCAGCCUCCCUCAGCUUCUCACCCAGGGGGAUGCUUAGGCAGGAACCCCUGAGCUGCACCACCCCACCAGGCUGUAAGAGGCAUCAAAGCUCUCCCCAACCUCUAAAUGAACCCAAGCCAAGGAGUUGCCUGCCUGGCACAGAGGAGCCCUGAUCUACCCGCAUCCUCCCCGGCACAAACACCACAGAGCAAGCCCUGCCCACCCCAGACCAGAGCGUGGGCACCCCCUUCGAGCCCUCUUUUCACAGCUCCCACAGCAGGGUGUGCUCAAGAGCCCAGCUGCCAUCCUUCACAGCAGAUAGCAGUCACAGCUACCCAUGUCCCUGCGUGCUGGUGGCUCUGGGCAGCCUCAGCAGCCUCUUGGUGCCCUGAGUUUACUGGUUAUUGCAGACUGAGUGGGGCCACUGGUGUCCUGAGUUUGCCAGUCCUUGGGAGGAUUUCAAAUGCUUUCACUUUUCCAGUCUAUUACACAGGUACAGCAUCAUCUUGUUCUUAGACAGCCCGAUAUCACUGUCACCUGAUGUAGCUCAGGUGUGCGACUAAUGCUAUUGCUGGCCAUUUCUGAGGAAAGUAACAUAUGGGUAGGAUGCUCAAACCCAGUUUCAUCCAGCUUUCGCUGUAGAUAUUAAUGGCUUGAUCUAACCCAAAGCUCUCAGUUGUCCUCCCCCUGCUUUUGCCCUUCUUAUCUUCUUGCAUGCUGUCUCAUAGCUUAGCGGUUUCCUCAGAAGUUUGGCCCAAGGUUAUGCAGCUGUGCAGUAUCAGAGCUGGGCUUGCGAUGCGUGGAGGCAGCUAAACAGCUGUGGGGGACUGCAAAGGGGAGAAUUACACACAGUUGUUUGCAUGACCAGUUGUAACAUUUAUGCAUAGGCUUUUACCAGCCUUAUCCACUACAUAUGAUUUUUACAGUUUCCUCUUUAAAGAAAUGCGAGGCUUAGCAGUUAAGUUUUUCCUAUUAAGUGUAAGUAUCCUCUGAUACUUAUAUACCAUCCCUCUCCAGUCUUACUUCUACUGUGUCUCAGUCAUAAUAGUUUACAAUACGUUAUACUUUAGCCCAUUUUAAACCUUCACAUACAUAUGCUUAACCCCCAGUCCUCUCAAUUUUUAACUACUUAGCUACUGACGGCACUUAGUCUCCCACCUGCUUCAAUCCCUUCUUUCGGUUUCCUUUCUUAUUUGACCCCUCCCUCCUAAAUUCCUCCUAAAUUGCUUAAAAAUGCCAUUAGUGAAAUCAGCAGUUCAACACUAGGGCUAGCUGCUUCUCCUCAAGUUGUUCCUCCUCAGAGGAUUGUCCCGUAAAUGAAUAAAAACUACUGAGUUCAUUCAGUUAUUGUAACUCUAGUGCUCUUUUUCCAAAGCUUCAGCUAUGAUUUCCCAAUCUGGGUGGAUCCAGAUCCUGAGCUGGAACUCUCAAGGCUCCCUUAAGAGCUGUAACAGUUUUUAAUUUGGGGUCUUAAAUUAUUACUAUUAGAUUAAGUAGUUGGAGCAAGCUAUGCAAGACCGAGGCAGGUUAGGUAAUAGGCUAGCUAUCUAGCCAUGAAAAUUGUAUUGGUGACUCCAGUAAAACAGACUAAAAGAAUGAAAAUAAGGUUCCAAACAGGCAAGAUGUUACAAUGAAGCCUGUACAGUUAGUACUAACAAGCUUAUGGCCUUGUUAGCAAUAGCAAUGCCAUGUUGCUGGCCUGCAGGUUGCUGUUCCUCCUCUCCUUUGGUAGUCUGCAGCUCCUGGGUUACUGCCCGGGAGUGCGGCAAGGAUACUGCAAACCCUGCAGCGACGCCAGGCUCUUGAUCAGGACUGAGCAGGGAGUCUCUAUGGAGGCGUUCGCUUUCUGAUCUGGCCUCAAAACCCAUAAAGGUCUGAAGGUGGUUGCCUCUAGUUCUCCAAAGCACUCCACAGUCAUUAUCUGCCUUGUUAAAUGUCUAAAAUUAAUGCAAUUUAUAAAAAGACCAAAGCUAUCAAUAUGGAGCGAAAAGCCAAGUUAAAAAUCCUUGCAACUGCAGGGGCCCUCAACUCCUCCGCCUUGCCUCGGAGUUUGCAUUGCUGCUCAGUGACUCUGUCAGCUGUUGCUUGUUCGAGGAGCUGUAGUAAAAUCUGUUGCCCUACGAAAAUAGAAAAUAAGCAAGACUUGAAGCAUAAACCAGCCCCGUUAGUAUGCAAGCAUAUAAACAGAGCUACUGGAGCCCCGCGGGAGGUAAACACCCCGCGGGCUGCACCCCCUUGCUUCCGAGAGCUGAGGCUGCGCUGGGGCGGGCUGUGAGUGCGGGGGCUCAGGCGGAGCAGGCGCCGGAGGGUCUUCUUUGGGGCGUUUUCUGUGUCUGUGUUCUUGACAAAUUCAUGACACAUUCCAGAAUUUUUUGGCCCCUUAGGGGGACAUCUGAGAAACAUGAACCCGUUUGUAUUUACCACUGCCCUCAUCUAUUUAAUAUUUUAGAGAACUUAUUAGUAACAUAAUAGGUCCCCUUCCAUUAGGUCUUUAAGGCUUGUUCCUUUUUAUCUGAUUUCAAAUAUAUUACUUGGCCCCUUAUUUCAUAAGGCAGAUAUGAAUUAGAUUCUUCCUUUCUCAUUUUACCUAUUUUUCUCAUGUUGCUUCUUCUACCCGAGCCUUGUUUUCUUCUUUAUCCUGCCAUAAUAUUUUAGGGUCUUGGACAAAGGGCCACUAAGGAAUGGGCUAUACAAGCAAAAUACAGUCGGUUUGUAAACCAGUCCCUACUCUGUCACUGCUUUUUAAAGCUACUAAUAUUGAGGUUAACUUUUCAGCCCAUCGUUUUGGAUAUUGUCCUACAAUUUUCUUUAGUCUAUUUUUAAUAGUCUGACUCAUUUCUUUCUACCAGUCUGGAGGAUUGCAGGUGGUAGGGUAUAUGCAGUCCUUGCUUAAUCCCCAGGUUACUCAUUAAGGCUCGAGUUACUUCACUUACAACCCCCUCCGCUCUUCAUCUCAUCCUUUCUCAGCUGCUGUUCCAUACCGAUGGACAAUUUUCUUUAACAGCCUUUUUGCAGUUCCAGCGGCUAUAUUUCUUUUAGGUGGAAGAGCCUCAGCCCAUCCUGGAAAGAUAUUCACGGUGACAAAGAUAUCCCGGUACCCUUUCUUUAAUUUGUGACAGUUUAUCUGGAUGAUCCCUUUGCAGUAUUUGUCAAGGUCCAUGGCUUAGCCAGUGCAGUCGAGUUGGCAGCUUUCUUUUGCUAGUCCACUUUUGCAUCAUUGCACACUCUAUGCAGUUUUUAUUUAUGUCCUCUAUUUCCUGCUUCAUUUGGGGCCAAAUAUAAAUUCUUUGCACUCUUUUCAGAGUACCUUGUACUCCUUUAUGUAACUUACUACGACAGUGUAAGAUAACUUGCUCUCAUUCAGCUGGCCACAGUAUCCAUCCCUUCUUUAGCUGAUUCCUGCUUGAGGCUGCAGUAAACAAACUCUGAGUCUAUUUAUCUACUUGCUCACUAAAUUGUUUCUCAGUAUUGCUUUCAGUCUUCCCAUGUGUUUUAACAUCCUUUACAUAUAUUUCAUUCCCACUCUCCCUCUAAGCAUAUAAAAUAAACCUGUUUUCUUCAUGGGUGUCCCAUUAUGUGCUCGCCAUCACCAUUCUCCCUAUCAUGCAUCCAGUAUUUUAUUAUCAGCAUAGUAGCUAUCUGUAGAGAGACAUUGUGUAGAGGGGUUUGUCUUUUACUGACAGUCUGUAAGCUCCUUGGCAUGAUCCUUUCUCUAGUUUCCCCACUACUUGUUCCCUCAUUCCACUAAUAGCAGUAUCUUGGAUUAUUUUUCCUCCUUGUUCAAAUUUAGCACUCCCAUGAGUACACAAUACCUUGGGUUUAUUACUGGUUUCCUUUAAUGGGAUAUCCACCUUAAUAUCCAUUCCUUCUCUUUGUGCUUAUGAGCAGAGUAUGAGUAGACUGAGAUACAGCUGGGCUAUAGAGGGGGAAAGCAUCAGAGACCAUCAGAGCCCAGACUGACUCUAACCAGGCUUUCUCAUGGUCAUGGAAAUUUUGGUCCAGCCCCUGUAGAGGGGAGGACCCAUAUGCUACUGAUAUCCAUUUUCUUUUACUAAUUUUCUGUAACAGUACUGCUUCCACAGAAUCAGCUUGUGUUGAAAUUCUUAUAACAAAUAAUUUUCCUUUGACGGUGAAUCUUAGUGCAGGAGCUUUCCAAGCAGCUUCUUUCACAUUAGAUAAAGCAUUGUCUUGCUCUUUGCUCCAGCUCCCUUACUGAUUCUUUCUCUGUCAUUUCCAUAAUGCUCUGCUGGUACUAGCAAAGAUGGAUACGCUGCCAUAAGAUACCAGCACAGUUAUAGAUAUGCUGCCAUAAGAAAUUAAAUCCUCCCAGCACUCUUCAGAGUUGGGACUGAUCAGUGGGAGUCUUUAUUUCACAGAAAGCUUAACCUUUCUAGCAUCUAUCCAUCUUCUUGUUUCACCAGUUCCAAUUCCCAAGCAGUUAACCUGGGGUUGUGUUAAUUGUGCCAUGUUCAAAUUGACUUUAAAUCCCAUUUGGUCUAUUAAUUUUAAAAUUCAGCCACUUCUCUCUUGUACCUCUUCUUCUGUAGCUGCGGUCCCCCGAAUAUCAUCCAGAUAAGACAAUUCCUUUUCUUUUUCCCCCAGAUAUCAUCAUUCAAACGCUUUCCUAAUGCAAGCAUGUGCAGCGGUGCAGGUGCUCAGCCCUGUGGGAUGCAAGUAAAAGUAUAUUGUUUGUCUCUUAAUGUGAAAGCAACUCUGUAGAUCGCUUCUUCCCCUGCAUUCUGCCAUAUGGGAGUUUGCUGUGAAUCGUGGGGGUGCAUUUGUGCCGCUAGCUCUCCUAAUUCAUCUGCUGUCCAAGGAGCCUGACUCAGCCUCGGGGCUGCCAGGGGCAAUGGAAAUACCUGUGCUCCGUUGGGAGUGGGUGGUUGGUACGUGAUAUCAUGUCCUGUUGACAUUCGAGCAGCUCCCCACCAGUUCUUUGAAGACUCCCCAUCUCCUUCAGGCUUAUGGACUGAUGGUGCUGCCAUUUGCAUCCUUGUCUUGCCAUUCUGCUGGGCAGCUUGAUUAAAUGCCCAUGAUGGCAUCGUUAAAUGUUCAUUAAGGAGAUGCCCAAUGUGCAAUGAAUAGGAGCUGGUGGAGCACACGCUCUAUUCAACUUACUGCUUAAUCUCCAUUUAAUUCAAAAUUUGAAGCCGUUUCUCUAAGUCCUACAGUCCACUCUACUGUUGUGCUUGCUUUCAGUGGCUUCAUAUCUGCAUCUACCUGCCCCGGCGUCACUUUUUUCAUUUUAACCACUACAGCAGUUUGAUCUGCUGUACCUGUCUGCCCUGGGAUGGCACUUGUAAUCUUUGUGGGAUAUGCUGCUAUUCUCAACUUCUCUUUAUUUUCCCAUUUGCCCAUAUCAUCCUUGAAAUCAUUUUCCUCUGAUGACUCCUGAUCCAGCUCUCUCCACCACUUCCUGCAGCUACAGCAGUUAUUUUUAAUUUUUGCAUCCCAAUCUGCUUUUGCAAGUGUCUAAUUUUAGCUUCGCAUUUACUAUGAUCAGGUCCCUUUUGAGCUCUCCCUUGCUCCAGGGUGAAUCACUGCACUACAUAUGUUAAUCCCCCUCCUUACUUUUGCAGUUUUUCGUUCUCUUUUUCUAAAUUCAUCUGAUUCUCUAAUUGCCAUUGCACCUCUUUAUUGCCUUUUUGGGCCACUAGAUGGUAUUCCUUUUCUAAAGACAAAUUUAUUUCAAGUCACUUGACAGACUCCUUCAAAACACAAUUUUCCUGUUGAAGCAGCUGAUGUUCUGAUGUUGCCUUGUCUCGGUCGGCAGGGAUUAUUGCCGCCUCCCAUACCGGUCCCACUAAUAGAGCCGGCGUGUCCUCGAGUCUCCCUUCAUCCGCUCUCCCGUAUCGGGGAACAUUUGGUCUCUAUCACCCAUCGGCUUCCUGUGGGCUGGAGAGGCGCCCACAGCCCCUGCUGUAAUCUCUGAUAUUGUUGGGAUUUCCUGUAGCCCUCCAGUAUUCCUGUUUUUAGGCUUUUUCCCGAGUCUUUUUAGAUUUUUCCCAUGCUUUCAAUUUUGUCUUGAGGUAUCCCUUCAGUAUUGUGCACAAGGCUGGUCAGAUCUGUAGAGUUGCCUUGAACGAGAUCGCUCAGAGGAAAAGACUUUGAGGAUCUACCCAGUCACUCCCUUCACCAAAAGAUGUGAUAAAUGCCCUUUUCCUGACAGCGGAGCAGAUUUGUAGGAUUAUGUGGCUGCUUAGAGCUAAGCGCGAGCUCAUGUCCUUUGGGUGGGUCGUGGGAGCCUUCAUGCCGUUUCCCCAGACCUCACCGAAGGUGGCUGCAAGUUCUAUAAAAAGCGACCUGGAGAAAGCCAAGGUGAUGGGUCCGCCCAGGUUAAACCCUCCCGUAGAUGGAGCAUGGGCUGGCGAGGGCAGAAGAAAGGAGAAAAGCCUUCCUCGGAGCCAGGCCCCAUCACACCCCCUGGUAUCCGCCUGUCCCAGUGCCUCGCUGAGCGGUCUCUCGCUGUUGUCGCUGCUGCUGCUGUGGGUGGAUCUCUCUGUCUGUCUCUCUGUGUAAAGAAAUACGAAACAGAAUUAUUUUUCAUUUUGGAAUCGUGCUGCUGCUGACAUGAUAUUAAGAAUAAUAAUAAAAAAAAAAAAUCUA